GCUGCUGGUGGUGGUGGUGGUGGUGCUGCUGCGGUGUUUACUGAGCGCUCCUGUCCUGGUAUCACUCCGCUGGCAUGGAGGAGGAGGAGGUGGAGGAGGAGAGCAUUUGAUCAUUGUGAUGGUGGCAGGAGGAGCAGCAGCAAGCAGAGCAGAGCAAAGCGUUAGGCUCUAUCAGCUCGGCGGUUUGCAGAGACUUCACAGCUCUACUUUUUUUGUUGUUUCUUUCUUUUUUUAUUGUUUUUUCCUUUCCUUCCAGCUCGGUCCGGAUUGUCCAUGUGUUUACUUCCCCCAGCCCGAGGAUUUGCUCUUUAGGUUCCUGUUGAAAUGCAACUCAGCAGCCAAAGUACUUUGCGAACACGGUGCGGCAUAAACACCCAAACUUUUCUCUAGAAGGAAAAAUACAAUAAGAAAGCGGCUCGUCCUGUCUCUUGCUGCCAGGGAGUGCGAGUGAGUGUGUCCGUGUGUGCCUGUGCCUGGAUGCGUGUGCGCGAACACGCGUGUGAGUGUCUGUGGAUGUGGCUCUAUGUGUGCGUGCCGGCGGAGGGGCGCGCGUGUUGCUCUUUAUCCAUGGGGAGAGAAGGCUUUGGGCGAAACCUCCGGAAAUCUCCCGAAAUCUAUUUGGAAAUAAUGGAUUAUAAAAAGGAAAAAGGAGGAAAGGAACUGGUCUGAUAUCUCCAGGAGUUUGCUACCCGAAUUGCUGCUGCUUAGUUUGUUGUGCUGCUUUUUGUGUGUGUGUGUGUGUUCGUUGGUUGUGUUGCUGGUGAUAACCUUUUAGCACCUUCUCUCUUUAUUUCCCUCCUCCUUCUCCCCCCCCCCCCCCCCCCUUCUUUUUAAUGUUUUGGAGCUUCUCGAGAGGGAUUGGCUGGGGGGAAAGAGAAACAUUUGCUUGGGAUCGCUGUUUCCCUGAUACAUGCUGGUGCCCCCUCCCCCCCGGUUCUCUCAAAAGUAUCCCAUCAGGACCCCGGAGGAGACUGUGUGUGUGCCAAGGGUAGGGGAAAAACUUCUUCCAAAAUAGUGUGCCCGGGGAAGAGGAUGGGGGAUUUUGCAGCCCCCGUUGCCGCCGCGAAUGGCAGCAGUAUCUGCAUCAACAAUAACCUGAACAGCAGCCUCGGCGGGGCCGGUGUCGGGGUCAGCAGCGCUCCCCACGGCCCUCCUGCCGCUGCUCCCAGUAACAAUAACGCGAACGGCGGCGUCCCCAAGCACAGCACGGUGGUGGAGCGGCUGAGGCAGCGCAUCGAGGGCUGCCGGCGGCACCAUGUCAACUGCGAGAGCAGGUAUCAGCAAGCCCAGGCAGAGCAGCUGGAGCUGGAGCGCAGGGACACCGUGAGCCUCUACCAGCGGACCCUGGAGCAGAGAGCCAAGAAAACCGGCACCGGAGGCAGCAAGCAGCAGCAGCAGCAGAGCAAACAGCAGCAAGAUGCCGAGCCAGCCACGGCGGAGCAGAGGAACCACACUCUGAUCAUGCUUCAAGAGACAGUCAAAAGGAAGUUGGAAGGGGCACGUUCACCUCUCAAUGGAGAACAGCAGAAUGGAGUUUGUGAUGGGAACUUUUCUCCAACCAGCAAGCGAGUGAGGAAGGAUGUACCAGGCAUUGAGGCAAUCAACAGCUUGCCCAAUAAUUUGCCUUUGCCUGCUGUUUCUCCUCUUCACCAGCUUGACAUGAAAGCUCCCCUGCCCCUGCAGAACAGUGGAACUCACAGCAGUGGUCUAGAAGACUUGGGUAAAAAUGGUGGGCUUUCCGAGAUAAAGCUCCCCGUUAAUGGUUGCAGCGAGCUAGAUGAUAGCUUUAACAUCCUGCAGAACAAGGAGCUAAAGCAAGAGCCUUUGGAUGACCCCAGCUGCAUAGACACUUCUGAAACAUCUCUUUCAAAUCAGAACAAGCUCUUCUCAGACAUUAACCUGAAUGAUCAAGAGUGGCAGGAGUUAAUAGAUGAACUGGCGAACACCGUUCCAGAAGAUGAUAUACAAGAUCUGUUCAAUGAAGACUUUGAAGAGAAGAAGGAGCCGGAAUUUCCCAGGCCUACCACAGAGACUCAAGAGAGUGCAAGCGUGAAAAGUGAUCCAUCUCAUUCUCCAUUCGCUCAUGUCCCACUGGGGUCUCCCCAGGUAAGGCCUUCUUCUUCGGGUCCUCCAUUUUCAAAUGUCUCCACAGCGUCCAGCAUAGCUUCUGUGUCCAGUGCCCCACCAGCCCCAGUCGCUGCUGGCUCACCAGCAAACUGUGUUGUUCAGUCACCUCAAACUCCCAGCCAGGCCCACACUCCAGGCCAAACGCAGUCACGGUCUGGAAAUGGCUAUCUUAUGAAUCCAGCAGCAGCAGCAGUGACAGGACCAGGGCCUGGGCCUGUGAAUAUGCCAACCGCUGACUUGUCUCCAGCUGAGCAGCUUAAGCAAAUGGCAGCCCAGCAGCAGCAAAGAGCUAAGCUCAUGCAACAGAAGCAGCAGCAGCAGCAUCCAAAUCAACCCUCAAGCUGGUCACCUGUGGGCCCUCCAUCUAGUCCAUAUGGAGGACCCUUCAGUGCAGACAAACCAAAUAGUCCAAUGAUGUAUCCCCAAGCCUUUAACAACCAAAACCCAAUAGUGCCUCCUAUGGCAAACAAUCCACAGAAGACCGCAAUUAAUAACUACCUCCCUCAGAAUCACAUGAAUAUGAUCAGUCAGCAGCCAAAUAACCUGGGCACAAACUCCUUAAGCAAACAGCCCAAUAUGCUUUCUUACGGCAACACCAAGCCUCUGACCCACUUCAAUGCUGAGCUGAGUCAGAGGAUGACUCCACCAAUGGCAAAUCCCAGCAAGAACUCCAUGAUGCCAUACAUCCAGCAGCAGCAGCAGUCCCAGCAGCCACAGAUGCAAGCUCAGAUGGCACACCUGAGUGAGGAACAGAAGCGCAUGCUCAUUAUGAAGCAGAAGGGAAUGAUGAAUCAGCCCAUGGCAUAUGCAGCACUUCCUUCCCUUGGUCAGGAGCAGCAUCAAGUGGGGUUGUCCCGGACCGCGGGGCCUAUGCAGCCUUCUGUCCCACCGGGCUCCAGCAGCGUGGUCACAGGCACGAGCUCUGGGGGUCCCUUCCUAGGAAACCAACCUCAAGCAGCCAUCAUGAAGCAGAUACUGAUUGAGCAGAGGGCCCAGCUCCAUGUGAUAGAACAGCAAAAACAACAGUUUCUAAGAGAGCAAAGGCAGCAGCAGCAGCAGCAGAUCCUGGCGGAGCAGCAGUUGCAGCAGCAGUCACAUUUGCCUCGGCAGCACCUGCAGCAACAGCGGAGCCCAUAUCCAGUGCAACAGGUCAAUCAGUUCCAAGGUUCUCCCCAGGAUAUAGCAGCUGUAAGAAACCAGGCAGCACUCCAGAGCAUGAGGACAUCCCGAAUGAUGGCGCAGAACGUGAGCAUGAUGGCAAUGGGUCCCUCCCAGAGCACAAGCACGCUGCCCUCGACCGCAGGCCAGUCAGACAUGGGCAUGGCUCCUUACAGCAACGCCUCUUCCAGCCAGCCGGGAAUGUACAGUAUGAGCACAGGGAUGAGCCAAAUGUUGCAGCACCCAAACCAAAGUGGCAUGAACAUGGCACAUAGCGCAGGCCAGGGAACAAGGCAGCCUGCCUCUGGACAAGCGGUGGGAAUGGUCGGCAAUUUUGGUCAGAACAUGAUGGUAAACUCUGCUCUUCCCCAGCACCAGCAGCAGAUGAAAGGAGCUGGGGGCCAGGUCUUACCCAGGCCACAAGCACCACGACUUCAAAACCUGAUGGGGACUGUCCCUCAGGGAACACAAAACUGGCAGCAGCGAGGCUUGCAAGGUAUACCUGGAAGGACUAGCAGUGAAAUGGGGCCCUUCAAUAAUGGCACAACGUACCCAAUGCAGUCUGGGCAGCCACGGCUGUCCAAGCACCAUUUCCCACAAGGGCUUAAUCAGACAGUUGUGGACACAAGUGGAACAGUAAGAGCCCUGAACCCAGCGAUGGGAAGACAACUGCUGCAACCACUACCUGGGCAGCAAGGUGCUGGCCAGGCAAGGCCAAUGGUGAUGCCUGCAAUAAGCCAAGGUGUCCCCACGAUGUCUGGCUUUAGUCAGCCUCCAACGCAGCAAAUGGCAGGUGGUAACUUUGCUCAGAGCGGCCCAGGGCAGGCCUACGAGAGGAAUCCCACUCAGGACUUAUCUUACAAUUACAGUAAUGAAGGAGCAGGGGGGUCAUUCUCCAGUUUAGCCGAGGGCGCAGACCUUGUAGACUCCAUUAUUAAGAGUGGACCAGGGGAUGAGUGGAUACAAGAACUUGAUGAGCUGUUCGGAAACCCCCAGUGAAUGGGCUUGUAUAGUCUGGAGCUUUGGUUGUUCCAUCUGAAAAAGCAAAGAGAGUUGGAUGUCUCCCCAUCCUUGGAUUGUUGGAGUUUUUGUUUGAAUUGGUUUGGUCUGGGGUUAUUUUGUUUUCUGCUUGUUUUUUUUUUAUUGUGCAAACUGAGCUGAUCUGUAGCCAACUUUGGAAGAUUCAGGGAUGAUGAAAACAUCGACAUCCCAGGACUUCCACCAAGCAAUCUGUGUUGCGUGGCAGCACCCACUGUGUGUGUGGGGAGCAGGGGGCAGGAUGGGGAAACUGGAAAAGCCAGCUGAUGCCUCUGGUUGGGAAAAAGUGUUCUUUCCCACUGAAACAAGGCUUCAUUGCACAGUGGUGUGGGGUGGUCCCAAUCUCUCCCACCUCAUGUAACUGUAAACACUGCAGCUUUCAGGGGAGCAGAUGAAAACAGGCAGGAGCAAAGCCUAAAGAUGUCCAUGAGUGAUUGCACGAGCCCUGGUUGGAAACAGGUUUAAUCCCAGGAGCAGGCAGGUCUUGGUGAGCCAUAGCCAGGCCCACAGGGCUGGCUCUGGGCUGUCACAAGGAGAUGUGAAGCACACACUUGACAAACCUAAACAGUCACAGGGAGGUCACCAUUUUCACCACAGAGUGAUAAAAAUCCAAUAAAGGUGUAGGAGAACAUGAACAUGGCAGCAUGGUGAGGACAAUUUGGUUAUGGGACUGCUGCUGGAUAUGGCUUAGGGGGGUGGGUUAACUUAAUGAACUGAUUAAUCCCCUUGGGACUCACAAUAGUGCUUCCUUGUCAGAGUGCUUUGGCACAUAUCUGUUGCCUGGGGAUGCAGAACAGCAGCUAUGAGUGGUGUUGAAGGGCUAAGAGGUACCAAGAGACAUCAGCUCAGGUCCUCAGCAUGUUGCUCUCUCUCGUUCCUCCCGAGUAUGUUUUCAGUUCACUUCCUUCCCUUCUUAUACUUCAGUGUAAAGCAAGGUGAGUUGGCUGCACUUUAUUCAGGUGAGCAACAACUGCCACAAAGGGGCAGGCAGGGGAGGAGAAAACAGUCAAAAGAAAAUGUACAGGGAGGGUUUGGCAUGUGGAAUGAGUUCCUCCUCUCCUCUUGAAAAGCGCAAGUUUGUCAGGCAGGAUUACCCUGGGGUGUGUGGGCUAUCGAUGUGGCAUUAUAUGCAACCUGAAAUCAGUUUUAAACAGAUGUUUGGUUUAAUCUCUCUGGUUUGCUGGAGUAAAGUUCACUGCAGUAUUGGAAGAACAGGGACCAAUGAAGGACUACUGUAAAGGUCAUUGACGAAUGGGUAAAAUCAUUGAUGUAGUUAUUACAAACAUGGGGUCUGCCCAAAUAAGCUGUUAGUUAAUACCAAUGUAUUCACUGUCUCCACUGUGUGGACAAGUGCUGAGCAGCACUACAAUGAAGUUGUGAUACGUCUUGCACACUGAGGCGUCAGCCAUUCUGAAUGUCUAAAGCAGCAGUUCCCAAGCUGCAGCCUAAGGCCGAGGUAAGCUGUCCUCCAAAACUGACCACCUUGCAAGUGUUUUCAACUGUGAGCUGUUUACCAGGUUAUGUAGUGGUGCAUAAAAUGUUAAUGUGAUCCAUAGUCAAAAAAAUUUGAGAACCUCUGCCCUAAUGUUGGCCUCUGCAAGUCUUAAGAUGUGCUCUGCAGUGGAAGUGCCUCUGGUACCACUGCCUACACCAACUGCCCAGCUACCAAUUACCUCCUUGUGCGCUGCU